GGCUGCAAGUGCUGUGAGGUGAGUGUGAGCGUGUGAGGACCAUUACGUGGAGGUGGAGGAGACCUGGAGAUGGUAAGUGGAGAGAUCAGGGAUGUUGAAACUUGAAAGUCAUGUCCACAAAUGGUGUAUCGUUGAAGAUAAAGCCAAACUACCGGUAUCAUCUUUGGUGAAAAUGAAAGAAGGGGAAGGCGGUGGGGUUGCUGGAUGAUGAUCUCACCAUUUCAUCACCAUGGCGAAACCAGAGCAACUGAGCAACCACCCGAAAUAACAAAUAGAAAAAGAAAUGUAUGUGAUAAUAGAUGGGGGAUUGAGAGGAGUAAAGAUAAAGCAAAGAGUUGUUUCCUAUUCCUAAUCCUACCCCAUUACCAAUACCCAUCUCUACUCUAAUAUCUGUGGAUAAAUCUUCUGGGAAUAUUUCUAUAUGUUAUCUCUCCACCUAACCCCUGAAAAAAUCAACUCUAGAAGUAGCCCAUAUGGAAAGCGACUUGUUAACAAAGAUGAAAGGGGAAGUAAUAGUGAAUAUACACCUGUGGCUUUUGCAAGCUUCAAUCAGUGGCUGCACUGCUGGCGAUUCUGUGAUCGAACUUUCAUCAUUGAGCUCUCUGCCAUGGAUUCAACUUUUUUUUUUUUCGUUUAUUCAAGCAGUUCAUCCACUGGGGAAGGGAUAAUGGAGAGUCUGUAUUUAGCUCCAAUUGACAUUUGUACCCUCACUUUUUUACUAAGGACACGUGAAAUUCAUUAAAAUGAUGGGAAAUUUUUACAGGUCAAAACCCUGAGACCUGCUGCUGAGUUUGUGCACUGUGUGCUAAACCGCUAAUGGACCCAACCCAAGAUCGAGCAUUUUAAUACUCUAAGAAAUCACUCCAGAAGAAAACUUGGAACCCUAAUUGUCAAUGGGUAUAGAAGCAACCCCCUUCCCAGUCUGAAGCUGACUUCCACUUUUAGAACCCGGAACUGGAAGAGGUUCCAAAGAAGGGGAAAAGGGUCUUCCUCGCCGUUCUUAGUUAUUACUUGCUCUGUCUUGAGAGUUUAAUCCCAAUCUGCGCUAUUGGAUUCUGUUUCUAUCCAUGAAAACGCUCUGGAUCUGCUCUAAAAAUGGCGGCUUCCGUACAGACAACGCUAUGGGACAGCGUAGUAGAGCUCACUAAGUGUGCGCAGGAUAAGGGUAGUGAUCCUCUGCUGUGGGCAAUCCAGCUCUCUUCGAGUUUGAAUUCAGCCGGGGUUUAUCUGCCUUCCACGGAGGUGGCUCAUAUACUGGUUUCUCACAUUUGUUGGGGGAAUAACGUUUCAAUCGCAUGGAAAUUUCUCGAGAGGGCAUUAGCCGUGAAGAUUGCACCGCCUAUGCUGGUUCUUGCUCUUCUAUCUUGCAGGGCGCUUCCUAGUAGGCGGUCCCGGCCAACAGCAUACAGGCUCUACAUGGAACUCCUUAAAAGACAUGCUUUCUCCUUCGCAUCUCAAAUUAAUGGACCAAAUUGGCAAAAGACCAUGAAGUCUAUAGAUGAUGUUCUUCAUCUUUCCCAAAUAUUUGGUCUUCAAGCAUGUGAACCAGGGGUUCUUGUGGUUGAAUUUGUCUUCUCAAUUGUGUGGCAGUUGCUUGAUGCAACAUUAGAUGAUGAAGGGUUGCUGGAAAUGACCCCAGAAAAGGAGUCCAAAUGGUCAACUAGGCAACAAGAUAUGGAAAUAGAUGGUCAUGAUAGUUUUGAUGAAAAAAGAACUGAACAUCAAGAUAGACUACGGAAAGCAAACACUGUUAUGGCUGUUGAGUUAAUUGGGCAAUUCUUGCAAAAUAAAAUAACUUCCAAGCUUCUUUACUUGGCACGUCAAAACAUGCCUCUGCAUUGGGGAAGUUUCAUUCAGCGGUUGCAAUUGCUUGGGACAAAUUCAAUGGCACUGAAGAGUUCAAAAAUAUCUCCAGAGGCUCUGGUGCAGUUUUCAUCAGAUACAUGUAAGAUAUUGUCUCGAGAAUGCAAAACGAGUACACAGCAGGAGUUCCAUGCAGUUAUGGCUUCUAGGUCUAUGACCUCUUCUGCAGGGAAGUGUUUUGGGGCUAGUCAAUCUUCACUUUGGCUUCCUCUCGAUCUGUUUCUAGAAGAUUCUAUGGAUGGUUCCCAAGUUGCAGUAACUAGUGCGAUUGAAACUCUUACUGUUUAUACAGGUUUGGUGAAAUCUCUUCAAGCAGUUAAUGGUACCACCUGGCAUGAUGCGUUCCUGGGUCUUUGGAUUGCAGCUCUUCGCCAUGUCCAAAGGGAAAGGGAUCCUAUUGAGGGUCCUGUACCUCGCCUUGAUACCCGCUUAUGCAUGUUGUUUUCUGUCACGACUCUUGCAAUUGCUGAUAUCAUUGAGGAAGAGGAAGCUGCACUUAUUGAUGAAACUGAAUGCAGCCCCAACAACCAAAGGAAAGAAAAACAGGUUGCAGGAAAGCGUCACAAGGAUUUGGUGUCCAGCUUACAGAUAUUGGGUGAUUAUGAAGGACUACUGACCCCACCACAAUCUGUUGUAUCUGUAGCAAAUCAAGCUGCUGUGAAAGCCAUGAUGUUUGUUUCUGGUGUCCCAGUUGGAAGUGGGUAUUUUGAGUGCAUUAGCAUGAAUGACAUGCCGUUGAAUUGUUCUGGAAAUUUGCGGCAUCUAAUAGUUGAAGCUUGCAUUGCUAGAAAUCUACUGGACACAUCAGCAUAUUUCUGGCCAGGCUAUGUAAAUAGGCGCAUCAACCAAAUUCCUCAUAGUAUGCCUGCCCAAGUGCCUGGCUGGUCAUCAUUGAUGAAGGGAGCCCCACUAACUUCAUCAAUGAUAAAUGCUUUGGUUUCUUCUCCUGCUUCAAGCUUAGCAGAGCUCGAGAAAAUAUUUGACAUUGCAGUCAAUGGAUCGGAUGAUGAGAAGAUAUCUGCUGCUAACAUUCUCUGCGGGGCAUCUUUAAUUAGAGGUUGGAACAUACAGGAACACACCAUUCAUUUUGUAAUAAGAUUGCUGUCCCCUCCAGUUCCAGCAGAUUAUUCUGGGAGUGACAGUCAUUUAAUAGGCCAUGCACCGAUGCUCAACACUCUUCUUGUUGGAAUAGCAUCUGUUGACUGUGUCCAGAUUUUCUCAUUACAUGGUUUGGUACCACAACUUGCGGGUGCAUUGAUGCCAAUCUGUGAGGUUUUUGGGUCAUGUGUUCCCAAUGUCUCAUGGACUCUCACAACAGGGGAGGAAAUUUCUGCACAUGCAGUUUUCUCAAAUGCAUUUAUUCUUCUGUUGAGGCUGUGGAGGUUCAAUCAUCCACCACUUGAACAUGUGGUUGGAGAUGUACCCCCAGUUGGGUCUCAGCUAACUCCUGAGUACCUCUUACUGGUGCGUAACUCCCAACUGGCAUCCUCUGGAAUCAAUUCCAAGGAUCGAAACAAAAUCCGGAGACAGUCAACAGCCACAAAUUUGUCAUCUGUACAACCUAUAUUUGUAGACUCAUUCCCAAAGUUAAAACUCUGGUACCGGCAACAUCAAGCUUGUAUAGCUUCAACGCUCUCUGGUCCUGUACAUGGGACACCAGUUCAUCAAAUUGUUGAUGGACUGCUAAACAUGGUGUUCAGGAAGAUGAAUAAAGGAAGCCAAUCUUUAACCACUGGAACUUCUGGAAGUAGUACUUCUUCUGGUCCUGGAAAUGAUGAUGCCACUCUUAAACCUAAAUUACCUGCAUGGGAUAUCCUGGAGGCAGUUCCCUUUGUUAUCGAUGCUGCUCUUACAGCUUGUUCCCAUGGAAGACUGUCUCCGCGAGAACUGGCUACAGGGCUAAAGGAUCUAGCUGAUUUUCUACCUGCAUCAUUGGCAACAAUUGUUAGCUACUUCUCAGCUGAAGUGACACGUGGUGUUUGGAAACCUGCCUUCAUGAAUGGAACUGAUUGGCCAAGCCCUGCUGCAAAUUUGUGCAACGUUGAGGAGCAGAUCAAGAGGAUUCUGGCUGCAACAGGGGUAGACGUCCCAAGCCUUGCAGCAGGAGGAACCGCUCCAGCCACACUUCCACUGCCCUUGGCUGCCUUUGUAAGCUUCACCAUAACCUUCAAACUUGAUAGAGCCUCAGAACGUUCCCUCAACCUGGCUGGCCCAGCCUUGGAGUCCCUUUCAGCAGGUUGUCCAUGGCCUUGCAUGCCUAUUGUAGCAUCUCUAUGGGCCCAGAAGGUGAAGAGAUGGAGUGAUUUCCUCAUCUUUUCUGCAUCUCGGACCGUCUUCCACCAUAACAGUGAUGCUGUAGUUCAGCUCCUCAAGAGCUGCUUCACAGCAACACUUGGCCUCAAUUCCACACCCCUCUCUAGUAAUGGGGGUGUUGGAGCCCUUCUUGGACAUGGUUUUGGUUCCCAUUUCUAUGGAGGAUUCUCCCCCGUUGCCCCUGGGAUUCUUUACUUGCGAGUAUACCGAUCAAUCAGAGACAUCAUGUUCAUGACAGAAGAGAUUCUCUCUCUUCUAAUGUUUUCUGUGAGAGAAAUAGUGGGCGAUGGGUUGUUGAGGGAAAGGAUGGAGAAGGUGAAGAAGACAAAAAAUGGGAUGAGAUAUGGGCAAGUUUCACUUGCUGCAGCAAUGACACGGGUGAAGCUUGCAGCUUUGCUUGGGGCAUCAUUUGUAUGGUUGUCUGGAGGGUUGGGUCUCGUUCAGUCGUUGAUCAAGGAGACUAUUCCUUCUUGGUUUAUAUCUGGGCAUGGAUCAGAACAGGAAGGAGGGUGUGAGGGGAUUGUGGCGAUGCUGAGAGGCUAUGCACUUGCUUACUUCGCUGUUAUUUGUGGUACAUUUGCUUGGGGCGUGGACUCAACGACUUCAGCUUCAAAGCGGCGGGCAAAGAUCCUUAGAGCUCACAUGGAAUUCCUAGCAAGCGUACUUGAUGGCAAGGUUUCACUAGGUUGUGAUUGGGCCACAUGGCGGGCUUAUGUGUCAGGAUUUGUGAGCCUUAUGGUUGGGUGUACACCAACAUGGGUGUUGGAGGUGGAGGUGGAUGUCUUGAAAAGAUUGAGCAAAGGAUUAAGGCAGUGGAAUGAGGAGGAACUUGCUCUUGCUUUGCUGGGUAGAGGUGGAGCUGGGGCGAUGGGUGCAGCUGCCCAACUAAUCGUCGAGAGCGAGAUAUGAGUCUGUUUCUCAACUAACACUUUUGGAGGUGAGAGAGUUGUUUUGCAUCUCAUAAUAACAAUAAUGUUCGAUCUUUUUAUCUAGUUUAUUUUUCAUCAAAUUUGUGUAAAGUUUACGUAAUGAUCAAUGAGAAAAAGUGAAAAAAAAAAGUUGAUGCGGUUUGCAAGCGCUUGUUUGAUGUUGUUUGGAGAGAGAGAUCAAAGACUAAGGUUGUGCUUGGUACCAUUGUCGUUUCUACUUGUAAUGUUUUAGGUUAGUCAAUAUAAAAUUCCACUUUAGUAUCUUAAACUUUGGGGAUAGUGUAUGUUAGUGUUAGUACCCAAACUUUCAAAUGUAUCGAUAGUUUCACUGCAGUACCAAACUUUCAAAGUAGUGUUAAGUUGGCCCAAAACCGUGUUAACUGGUGUUAAGUAUUAUGUAAAAGGAUAAAAAUGCCCCUCAUCUCUCAAACAAAAAUCAGAUAUCUCAUCUCUAGCUUUAGAAAAUGGAGGUCUCUGUUGCUGGAUAUAUGAUCGAGAAAAGCUCAGGUUGUCAAGAUAAUUGCCCGACGAAUCCAAAACCGCGACCCAUGUGCACAUGUUCAGGUGGCAGUAGCUGGGGAGAAGAUGAGAAGAUGUUGCCGACGUGCUGACAGAGAGAUUCUGAGAAGGGCAUUAGCGCCUCCGGUUCGUGGAUCUAGUCAACCGUGCUGGUUGUCUUCCCUUGAGCCUGUUUUUGAGGGUGUCGACGUUCUCUUUUUCCAUUACAGAGUACGCUAACCACUCUUAUUGCAUGUAAAGAUUGAUUUAUAUCUGUUAGAUGCUGUAAAAAUUGUCAUUUAUGAUUGACAUUGAUUUUAUCGGGGCCAUGGAUCCUUGUAGUAUGACAGAACGCCAUCCUGGAGCACGAACCAGCGGGGGCGCCAACCUUUGCCGUAAUUCACCCAUUUGUACAGAAUACCGGAGAUUCCAUUUCCGAUGAUGUCAUUUAUCUUUAACUUCCUUGGUGAUCCCCCAACAACAGUUGGGCCUCAUUCAUCAUGGCAACCUCGACGACAGGUCAUUCAUUGAAGGCACAACUCGCUGCAUCAUCCAACAAUGAUCGAAAUCGUUAGUCCCACAGUUGUGGUUCAUAUCAUUGCCGCGAACUCCAUUGCCAUGGUUGUAGUUGUUAUUGUCAUUGACGUCGACGGAGGAUGUCCGAGGAUACGCAUCACGGCUGCCAGCAGCCAAGUUGGAUCUCGUAGUUGCGGGAGGUGGAUGUCGAGAUAUGUCAAGCAUAUCCUUUAACUGAGAGGAAGUCACUGCUUGGCUUUGCUUGGAGACUGUAGAAAGGCAGCAGAAGGGAUGCAUCAAGCCGGAUCAAACAAUAUAUCAUUCCAAAGAGCGAAAUCACCGUGAGCCAGAGGCAGUUACUGAAAGAGAGACAGGCCAUCUUCAUGCUCAUAGGUGGAAGUAGUGGUGAUGAGUGAUGGUGGUUCACCAGAAAAGUUGGUUGUGAUGCUUUAGCUUAUUUGACGAAUAACUCUUGUCAGUGGUGUGGUAAGGCUAUGUGCCGCAAUCUCUUUGAAAGACGAAGGAAGGUAGAGGGCAAUAUGUAGGCUAAGGUCUGUGAUUGAUAGAAAUGUUCUGUUCGUUGUGAUUUAUGUCUCCCUUUAUAUGAUGAGAUCCCGAGGUCCCGAAAGGAAUGAGUCAAAAGAGUAAUUCCCACAUGGAAAAGGGGAUUUUUUAUUCGUUGUCAGUUGUCAGGGAGACACUGCUAAGGUUUCGUUAUGUGUUUUAUGAGAUCUCUCUAGGACGAUGUUUCCUUUCGUCUGAUGAUUCUCAUAAUACAUAUAUACUGCUUCCUUUUGUGAGUUUCCUAAACUAACAUGGCAUGGAUGAUGUUAUAGUCUUAUGUGUCUCUCUUAAUUCUAUUGGGCAUUCUGUCACGAGUGACAUCAGCCAGUCAUUGUGUUUCUUCAUUUGUCACUGAUUUGCGAGGGUUGUAAACUCAUCUCAGGCUCGCGAUGGCUUUGUGUUCAUUGCAAGUCUGUGCAUGCUUUGAGUUUAUCACAGCUUUGUGUCGAGUUGUGAACUCGUCACAGGUGUGUAGCAUUGGUUUAGCACUUUCUAUGCUAUUGCAGUUGUGAUGAUCAACAUGUAUCUGCAAUUCUAUUGAGCAAAAAUUCCGAUAUGGCGUCCUACGGACGGUUGUUUAUUUAUGAUUAUUAGAAUUUUGACAUUUCUCCUCAAUAAAGUAAUUCUAGUAAGAGGUGUCAUCA